AUGUACAAUCUAUCAUCCAGUCUUGGACCUACGAACUCAUCCUGCCCAAACCCGGAGCUGGACUGCUCACAGGAGCUCUCAGAGCAGGAUGAGGGAGAGCCCAGGAGCUACAAUGCUUCCAACCCUGGGCUGCUCCUGCAGCCCUUGUACAUAGCAGUGCCUGUCAUCUACUCUGUGAUCUGCGCAGUGGGACUGACCGGCAACACAGCGGUGCUCUACGUCUUACUGCGGGCUCCCAGGAUGAAGACAGUCACUAACUUGUUCAUCCUGAACCUGGCCAUCGCGGAUGAACUCUUUACCCUGGUGCUGCCUAUUAACAUUGCUGACUACUUGCUACUGCAGUGGCCCUUCGGGGAGCUGAUGUGUAAACUCAUCAUCUCCAUCGACCAGUACAACACCUUCUCCAGCCUAUACUUCCUCACGGUUAUGAGCAUCGACCGCUACCUGGUGGUGUUGGCCACAAUUCAGUCCCGCAAGAUGGCCUACCGCACCUACCGGGCGGCCAAAGUGGUCAGUUUGGCAGUCUGGUUCCUGGUCACGCUUAUUGUUCUGCCCUUUACAAUCUUUGCCCAGCUUUACGAAGAGCAGGGUCGCCUCCAAUGCGUCCUGGUGUUUCCCCAACCAGAGAACUUUUGGUGGAAGAUUAGUCGCAUCUACACACUCAUCCUUGGCUUUGCCAUCCCUGUGUCCACCAUCUGCAUCCUCUACAGCAUCAUGCUGUGUCGGUUGCGGGCCAUGCAGCUGGAUAGUAAUGCCAAAGCCUUGGAUCGGGCCAAGAAGCGAGUGACCCUCAUGGUGCUGGUAAUUCUGGUUGUGUGCCUCUUCUGCUGGACACCUUAUCACCUUAGCACCAUAGUCGCCCUCACUAUGGAUAUCCCACAAACUCCAGUCAUCAUUGGAGUCUCCUAUUUCAUCACCAGCCUGAGCUAUGCCAAUAGCUGCCUCAAUCCCUUUCUCUACGCUUUUCUCGAUGACAACUUUCGGCGAAGCUUCCGGAAGCUAGUGGAGUGUCGGACCUCUCCUUGA